AUGUCGUUUGCUGAGAUUGGCUCUUUAUGUGAGAAGAGGGCAGAAGUCAAGAUAUAUUCACAGGCAGAGGUAGAUGCUUUAUUGGCUUGGUUUUCUAACAGUUCUAAUUUUUCUCAGAGUAAUAGUAUGGUUUUGUACAAAAGAUUUGAAUAUCUUCAGAGGAAGGAAAUUAAUUAUCAAUUGCAUGUUGAGACUCUAGUAGAAUAUUUAAGAGUUAAACGGAUCCCAAGGGGCAGGAGAUUGGGCAUUAAGCCCUCCUUUUGGCAGUACAAACCAAAAUUUGAGGAAAAUUGGCAAAGGAUUUUGAAUAAAUGUAGUUUGGAUCUUAUUGCACUUACUAUUGAGGGAUUGGAAGAGGAUUUGACCAAGUUGAAGCAAGAAAUCAGUAUUACCAAAAGCAGAAUAUUGAGUACUGAGAAUCACAAAUCCUUCACAAAACACUCAGAGGAGAUCGACAGUAUUUUGUCUAAGCAUAAGACAGACACCCUUAAUAGGAAAUUAUCUGAAUUUAAACGAGAUACAAUAGAUUAUUUUGAUAAUAAAGUUUAUAAUUGGCAAUUUCAUCGUCAGAGAUCUAACGCACCCGAGGGCGAACGCCCAUUUGGUAGGAAUUCUCCUGCCAACAGUGACAGCGAACAAUCCUCUACUGGAUCAGCCAACACUAGCAAUUUUUUAGAACAGCGACGCCCCAGAGGAGGAGUCAUAAGACCAGGAGAGUCAAGAGAUGACGCAGUAAAUCAUCCCCCUCGGGGAUAUCCAGAGAGGGAGAGGAGACCAUGGAGACGUUAG